GUUACCUGCGGAGGCAGAACAGGGAGCAGCGCCGAGGCAGAGGCCAGCCAAGCAGGCAGCCAGGCAGGCAGGCAGGGAGGGAGGCAGGAGAGCCGCGCCUUCUCCCUCCACCUUCGCGCCGCGGUUGCCGGGGUCUCCCCUGCCCCAGGAGCCGGCCCGGCCGGGGAGGCUCGGCGGGGCUCCCCGCGUGCGUGGAUGUAAUCGGCAGAGGAGCCCCGUGGCUUGGCCCCGGCCCCUUUCAUGUUAUGCGGCUCCCUCCCUGCCCUCCUAGAUCAUGCACAGAAACUCCCGAAAGUGGAUUUUCUACGUGUUUCUCUGCUUCGGAGUCAUUUAUGUCAAGUUGGGAGCAUUGUCAUCUGUGGUGGCUUUAGGAGCAAAUAUAAUCUGCAACAAAAUCCCAGGCUUGGCCCCCCGGCAACGAGCAAUCUGUCAGAGUCGUCCUGAUGCCAUUAUAGUUAUUGGGGAAGGAGCCCAGAUGGGAAUCAAUGAAUGCCAGUACCAGUUCCGAUAUGGCAGGUGGAACUGCUCAGCAUUGGGAGAGAAAACAGUCUUUGGUCAAGAGCUCCGAGUAGGAAGCAGAGAAGCUGCUUUCACCUACGCCAUCACUGCUGCUGGAGUUGCACAUGCCGUCACUGCUGCCUGCAGCCAGGGAAAUCUCAGCAACUGUGGCUGCGACAGAGAGAAACAAGGUUAUUACAACCAAGAGGAAGGGUGGAAAUGGGGAGGCUGCUCCGCUGAUAUCAGAUACGGCCUUGAAUUCUCCAGGAGGUUUGUUGAUGCAAGAGAAAUCAGAAAGAGUGCUCGGAGGCUGAUGAACUUACACAACAAUGAGGCUGGAAGAAAGGUGCUUGAAGAGAGAAUGAAACUGGAAUGUAAAUGCCAUGGUGUUUCUGGUUCCUGCACAACCAAGACGUGUUGGACUACACUUCCUAAAUUCAGAGAGAUUGGUUAUAUUUUAAAAGAAAAAUAUAAUGCUGCCGUGCAGGUGGAAGUGGUACGAGCCAGCCGGCUUAGGCAGCCGACCUUUCUGAAGAUUAAGCAGAUCAGAAGUUACCAGAAACCAAUGGAAACAGAUUUGGUCUAUAUAGAGAAGUCCCCCAACUACUGUGAAGAAGACGCUUCCACUGGGAGUGUGGGGACACAGGGACGGCUCUGCAACCGCACCUCGCCCAGUGCCGAUGGGUGCGACAUGAUGUGCUGCGGAAGGGGUUACAAUACCCACCAGUACACCAAAGUUUGGCAGUGUAACUGCAAAUUCCACUGGUGCUGCUUUGUGAAAUGCAACACAUGCAGUGAGCGGACAGAAGUGUUCACCUGUAAAUAACAGCAGAAGUUCCAACUUUCAAAGGACACAAUGGCCACAUCUAAGAGUGGGACAAAACAACUGCAGCAUCAUUUUGCACAUUUAAUUUUUUAUGUUGGGAGGACCAGUCUCUUCCCUACUACUUAAUAUCAUACACGUCUAAGGACAUGGCAUAAGGUACUGGCUAGCUACUUUUUCUACAUUGAAGACAGGAACCAUGUGAUGGAUUAGACUUUGUUCAAUGCAAACAAAUUCCUACUUGGUUUUUCUUUUCUUUCCUACUGCAGUCUGGGUGUUGUAGAGUUUUGUUCUUAAAUUAAGUUAUGCAUAUCAGAGACACUGAUGCCAGGAGAUUAUUUUCAGAUUUAUAACUCACAUAAAUGUGUGCAAAUGAGACUUUUUUCUAUUAAAAAAGAGGGGAAUCCAACUAAAAUCCCAGCAGUCAUGCUGAAUUUUUUAAAAAAGUCUAAUAAAGAAAAAGAGGGGGAAAGCGAGUACAAAAGGUAGCGGGUGAAAGACAAGUAUAAAAUGGGAGAUAGGCAGAAUCUGGAUGACUGAUUUUUAUUUUAUUAUUAUUUUAUUAUUUGAUAAGCAAAGGUCCGAAAAAUUCAGACUGCUGCCAUCGACACUGGAAUCUUUUUGAGUGGACAAAUGAGGAAAAGUAUUUUAUUUAUGUUUUAAUAGCAACAAAACAAAUUCUCUAAGCACUAACGGGUAGUUACGUCUUUAUUCUGUACUAAAUGUAAAUUAAUUGGAACUUUGACUUCCUGAUUUUUGUAUUUAGCUCUCCUCUCUGUUUCCGUGCUACUGAUUUUGUGCACUCCAUUAUUAAAAAUGAAUUUGGUCAUUGUGCACCCCACACAUAAAGCAAGAACAGUUUGACUAUGAGAAAUGGGUUAAAAUGCCCGUGGUAACACCUCGUCCCUUAACAUAACUCUUGCUAAUCCAACUGGAGCAGUUUUGUCCUUAUUCUGACUACAGAAGCUGCAAGAGCUAAGCUUGCUUGUGUUCACUGACUGACAUUUUGUUACUUGAAUAACUUUUAUGUAUUACAGCAAUGCCUAGGGUGCCAUUUUCCCAUUUGUCUGUCCCAUGGUAGGACUAUAACCUAGGCCUUUAAGCCUGCCACCAUAGAACUGGUCAGGGUCAGCUGUAUGGCGCCUGUUACAAAAUUGUCAUGCAUGAAGACCCGCCAAGUCCAGUUUGAUGAUGAUAUUUUGUGCUAAGGAUCCAUUUAGUAACACAAAGCUAUUGCCAACUAUUAAUUUGUCCUAAUUUGGCAGGGACAGUUCCAAUAAAUCCUACAUAGUACCGUUUUUUCAA